GUCCCAAACGACCGAACCGGGCCUCUGUCCUGUAAACGCCGUGCCGCCAGGGAACCCUAGUCGCCGCCGGCCACCGCAAGCAGUUCCUUUCGCUGCCCCAUCUACUCCCGUAUCUUCUUUUCCCUCAGCGACAACCUCACAUUGCUUCCUCGCGGCCGCCAUGGCUCCGUCGGGUGGUGCCGUGGUGAAAUUGGGGCUGCAACGGAGGCGCGGGCUUUGGCUUGCUUCAUCCUGGGAGGUCGUGGAUGGGUGGCGAUGGUGCUGGGGCGACGGCGGCGGUGGCGCGGACGUGGGAGAGGAUGGGAGAGCAGAGAAGGGCAGGAUAGCUUCAGCUUGUUUGCCCUAUUUGUCUUCUUUAUCACUAGCUCUGCUUUGGCUGAAUCGGAUAUAAAGAAUUUAUAUGCUCUGAGGGACACAGUCACUAAACAAAAAGACCUUCGGAAUUGGUUUGACUCAGAAACUCCUCCAUGCAACUGGUCGGGCAUAACUUGUGUGGGACGUACUGUUGUGGCCAUAGACUUGUCCUCGGUGCCACUCUACGUCCAUUUCCCGUCAUGCAUCACUGCAUUCCAGUCACUUGUUCGGCUCAACUUCAGCAGAUGUGGGUUUUCCGGUGAGCUUCCAGAAGUCUUGGGGAAUUUGCAGCACCUCCAGUACCUAGACUUGAGCCAUAAUCAGCUAACUGGGCCCCUGCCUGUCUCAUUAUAUGACUUGAAAAUGCUGAAAGAAGUAGUGCUAGACAAAAACAGCUUGUCUGGACAAUUGAGUCCUGCCAUUGCUCAGCUUCGGCACCUCACAAAGCUAUCCAUAGCCAUGAACUUCAUAUCCGGAGAACUUCCCCCAGAGCUGGGCAGUCUGCAGAACCUAGAGGUCCUGAACUUUCAGAUGAACGCAUUCAGUGGGUCGAUACCAGCUUCUUUCAGCGAUCUGUCUCUGCUCUUGCACCUUGAUGCAAGCAAGAAUAAGCUCACUGGAUCAAUAUUCCCGGGAAUAAGCAGAUUAGUGAACCUAUUGUCACUUGAUUUCUCUUCAAAUAGUUUGGUGGGGCAAAUACCUAGUGAGAUUAGUCAACUGGAAACUCUGGAGCUCUUAGCUUUGGGGCACAGCCAUUUCACUGGAAGCAUUCCAAAAGAGAUUGGUAACCUGAAGCGGCUACAAGUACUUGAUCUCCCUGAAUGCAACUUAUCAGGCACCAUCCCUUGGUCAAUUGGUGGUCUUAAAAGCUUACAGAAACUUGAUUUAUCAGGGAACAACUUCAAUGCGGAACUCCCAGCAUCUAUUGGUGAACUGAGCAAUCUGACCCUGUUGAGAUUAAAUAGUGCAAGGCUAAGAGGGAGCAUACCAAAAGAACUUAGUAAGUGCAAGAAGCUUACUCUCGUACUUCUGUCCUACAAUGCCUUCACUGGUUCUAUACCUGAAGAGCUUGCAGGUUUAGAAGCUAUUGCCGUAUUUUCGGUGGAAAAGAACCAACUGUCAGGUCACACUCCAGAUUGGAUUUGGAACUGGGGGAAUGCUGUAUAUAUAUCAUUGGCACUUAACAAGUUCAAUGGUUCUAUCCCUUCUGACAUCUGUCAAGUCAACUCUCUGCGGCAACUCAGCUUGCAUGGUAACGAUCUGACUGGGAGUAUCCAGGAGACAAUUAAAGGAUGCAGGAAACUAACUGGACUGAACUUGCAAGGUAACCAUCUUCAUGGUGAGAUACCAGCAUACUUGGCUGAGUUACCACUUACAAAACUGGAUUUGUCCUACAACAAUUUUACGGGAGUGUUGCCUGGCAAGUUGUGGGAGUCAUCAACCAUUUUGGAGAUGGCUCUCAACAAUAAUCAGCUUACUGGCCCUAUCCCUGAGAGCCUUGGUAAGCUCCACAGCUUGCAGAGGUUGCGGAUGGGCAGUAACUGCUUGGAAGGACCUAUCCCACGGGCGGUCGGUGCUCUAAAGAAUUUGAAAGAAAUAUCACUUAAUGGAAAUAGACUAUCUGGGAACAUCCCACAAGAACUCUUCAACUGCAGAAACCUAGUCGAGCUAGACCUGAGCUCUAAUAAUCUGACCGGACCCAUCCCGAGAUCCAUCUCUCACUUGACGUUGCUCACUAGCUUGGUUCUGUCCCAUAACCAGCUCUCUGGUUCUAUUCCUGCUGAGAUUUGUGAGGGAUUCAAGAAUUCAGCUCACCCUGACUCGGAAUAUUUGCAGCACCACGGCUUACUUGAUCUGUCAUACAACCGCUUGACUGGUCAGAUCCCGGCAGCAAUCAAGAAUUGUAGUAUUCUGGUGGAGCUACACCUGCAAGGUAACUUACUGAAUGGCUCUAUUCCUGCAGAGUUCAGUGAGCUGGCAAACCUUAAAACCGUCGAUCUCUCUUUUAAUUCAUUAGUGGGACCUAUGCUUCCUUGGUCUACACCUUUGGCCCCCCUGCAAGGCCUUUUUCUGUCUAAUAACCACCUAAAUGGCAACAUUCCUGAUGAGAUUGGCCGCAUUCUUCCCGACAUUGCAGUGCUAAACUUAUCCAGUAAUGCAUUUAUGUCUACUCUACCACAAUCUUUACUAUGCAGCAAGAGCAUGAACAAUCUGGAUGUCAGUAACAACAACCUCUCUGGUCAAAUCCCAUUAUCUUGUCCCGGGGAUGAAGAAUCCUCGAGCUCACUGGUCUUAUUCAAUGCAAGCAGUAACCAUUUCUCAGGGAGCCUAGAUGAGUCUAUCUCGAAUUUCAAACAACUGUUUUCUCUUGAUAUCCACAACAAUAGCCUCACUGGAAGCUUGCCGCCAGCACUGUCCAAUCUCAGUUAUUUGAACUAUCUUGAUCUCUCAAACAAUGAUUUCAGUGGUGCCAUCCCUUGUGGUAUCUGCAAUAUAUUUAGCAUCACGUUUGCCAAUUUCUCUGGUAAAAAUAUUGGCAUGCAUAGCUUGUCAGAUUGUGUUGCACCAGGCAUUUGUGCUGCUAAUAGUAUCAAUCAUAAGGGGGUUCAUCCACCUCAUGUAACUCUAAGAGCAGGGGCCAUUUGUGCCAUUGCACUCACCAUUGUCAUUGUGUUGGUUCUUCUGGUGGUUCAUGUGAGACGGAAGCUAUUGAGAAGCAGAUCAUUGGCUCUUGUACCUGCUAGCGAAGCCAAUGCUACCAUUGAGCCAACCUCCAGUGAUGAGCUUGUAGGAAAGAAGUCAUGGGAACCUCUGAGUAUCAAUCUUGCAACAUUUGAGCAUGCAUUGCUGAGGAUCACCGUAGAUGACAUCCUGAAAGCCACUGAGAAUUUCAGUGAGGCACACAUCAUAGGCCGCGGUGGCUUUGGGACUGUCUACAGGGCAACACUUCCUGAAGGCCGGAGAGCCGCGAUCAAGAGACUUCAUGGUGGUCAUCAGUUCCACGGUGACCGUCAAUUCCUGGCUGAGAUGGAGACCAUUGGAAAGGUCAAGCAUCGUAACCUUGUUCCCCUACUUGGCUACUGUGCUUGUGGCGAUGAGCGUUUCCUUAUCUACGAGUACAUGCAUCAUGGGAGCCUUGAGAUGUGGCUGAGGAACAAAGCAGAUACACCUGAAGCACUUGGAUGGCCGGACCGUCUCAAGAUCUGCCUCGGUUCUGCACAUGGGCUCAUGUUCCUGCAUGAUGGCUUUGUGCCCCAUAUCAUCCACCGGGACAUGAAGUCGAGCAACAUUCUGUUGGAUGAGAACAUGGAGCCAAGGGUCUCUGACUUUGGCCUUGCAAGGAUAAUCAGUUCGUAUGAGACUCAUGUCAGCACCAAUGUUGCCGGCACGCUUGGCUAUAUUCCCCCAGAGUACGCGCUGACAAUGAAAUGCACUGCAAAGGGGGAUGUCUACAGCUUUGGAGUUGUCAUGCUGGAGGUGCUCACUGGGCGGCCACCUACAGGGCAAGGGGAGAUGGAAGAAGCGGGUGGGAACCUUGUUGACUGGGUGCAGUGGAUGAUAAUGCACGGUCGGGAGGGUGAAUUGUUUGAUCCUUGCUUGCCAGUUUCAGGCCUGUGGCGAGAACAGAUGGUGUGCACCCUCGCCAUUGCUCGGGAAUGCACUGCCGACGAGCCAUGGAAGAGGCCGACCAUGGUGGAGGUGGUGAAGGAACUCAAGAUGAUUCAGCUGAUGAAACGUGAACCUCACAGCCUCCAGGGACAUGUAGUGCAGGCAUGAUCUUGGGAUGCACUACUGCUUGUAUUUCCUGGAGAUGAUCUUGGAGCAUACAACUACACCCCAACAACUAUUUUUUCAGCUUCACAACGGCUUCUGAAGUGGAGAACUUGCCAGUAGACCUUGAACCUUUCAUCUUUGUCAGGCAAGUGGACAUCACCAUUCAUCAAUGUGCUCAGGCAAAGAGAACAAGUCACCAAAAACAGAAAUAAAACUUAUGGCCAGAUUGGUGCCCUGGCUGUGUCAUGUGUAAUUGUCUAUGCUAUUUGUACUGCUGGUCACUGUAUUUGACCACCUUACAAUGAACAUCGUUUUGCCGCCGGGCAAUAAAAUGUAACUGGAACUAUCGCAUGUAUUGCAGUAUUAUCAUGUUGCGUCUGCCUGAACCUGUCAAGGCAGUUGUCAAACUGUUGUUAAAAUCUUUACUAUCUGUCAGUAAGCGACAUGAUU